AUGCAAAUAGCGCGGCUUCUUAACCAUGUUGUCACACUCUCCCAACAAACCGUGCGAUUGAACCUACCUUUCCUUACCAAAGCCCAAAUACGCUUGCUCUCCAUUUUCGCACUUGCGUAUCUUGCCAUCUUUCUACUGCUCCAAUGGCGGGGUCCCCAUGAUCCUGGCUCCCUCUUCUUUACGGUCCAGGGGUAUGCGCCCAAAUACAGCCUCGGAAGACUACAACAAGCCCAGGCCUUUUUACAAAGCAUUGCCCAGUCCGACAGAGAUAGUAUCAAACAAACAGAGCAGACUAAUAAAUUAGGGACCGUACCACCACGACUGUGUAUUGGCAUGCCGACUGCCCGGCGUUCCCAAGAGCAAUACGUCGAUAUCACCAUCGCCUCGCUAUUCGACCAUCUAACUCCGCAAGAACGAGCGCAGAUACAAUUCAAUCUGCUCAUCGCACAUACAAACCCGCGGGAACAUCCUUUUUAUGACGAGUCGUCGCCGACCGUGAACGCAUCUCGAGUGGCCGAUAAUGUCAUAUUCUAUCCUGACAUUGCGGGCAGCUCAAAGUCAGUGAUAGACAGGAUUCAUCAACUUGAAAAGCAGAGUAAAUUCAACGAAAAGUCGUAUUACGACUACAGUCUCUUAUUACAUCAGUGCGUCGCUUCUCUGGCUCCGUACAUUCUGAUUCUGGAGGAUGAUGUGCUCGCACAGGAAGGAUGGUAUGCUCGAACGAUGGAUAGCUUGCAGAAGCUUGAAACUGGGCCUGGAUAUUCCCGGCGUGAAUGGUUGUAUCUACGCCUUUUCUUCACGGAGAAAUUCCAAGGCUGGCACAAGGAACAUUGGCCUUUGUACUUGCUCUGGAGUUGUGCUACUGUUAUACUUGUUGCAGUCAUUCUGCUUUUUCUUCGUCUCCGACUGUCCUCAUUAUCAGCAUCUCCGUCGCUACCUUACCCCCGUUCAUUCCCUCGAAAGCCCAGUCCGAAGGAUCAUCAACUACUGUCUCUGCCAUUCAUCUUCAUCGUUUCCUGUCUAUGUGUCCCAGCCCUUAUCAUCCUAUACUUCGCUGCUGGUCCUCAAACAGUGCAGCCGCUCCGUCCCGGAAUCCAUGUCAUGAACAAUUAUGGCUGCUGCUCGCAAGCCUUUAUCUUUCGGCGCAACAUGUCUCUCGCGUUACUGGACUGGUUCGACGAACGUAUCGCAACUGAUAUGAAAUUCGCCGAUCCCACAAGUAAUCACGAUCACGGGAGGAAAUACCUCCGUGGCAGUAUUGACAGCGCCAUGGAGAUCUUCGCUGAUGAGCGAUAUUUACAGCGAUACGCCCUUGUCCCGAGUGCAUUUCAGCAUAUUGGAGCUAAGACGUACAAAGAGAGCAAAGACUCGGGAGCGCGGGAGUUGUAUAAUGUCAGUGGUGCUCGUGGGAUUUGGAGCUUUGGGUUUGAGCAACUUGUUUCGCCUUCAUGA